AGAUCCCUGGAAGUUCCUGUGUGGUGCUAUUGCACAUAAUUAUAAGUGUUCAAAUCAAAAUGCCGUCAUUUCAUUCUCACAAGAUGUAUACCUAUAAAAGGCCGAACCCUUGAAUCAUCAAAGGUCUGUGACAGAAGAUCACGGUUACGGCAGCGCUGUCAAGGACUCUCACCUGUAUAUACACAUUUCCUGUCGCUUCCCUCGUUACAGGUGUCAAAGGUGAGAAUUCUAUUUUAAUAUACCUUUUCUGAGUUUAAUAUACUGAGUUACGAUCUCAUCUACCAGCAAACUGAUCACUAAAGUGUUUAGUUAAGGUAACAUAAGCGUUUUACCUGUGUGCAUUAGAGCAGGCUUGGACCUAUCUGCAAUCAACAGGUGCGGUGUAAAAUACCUGUAUUUUAAUAUGACAGGAUAAAUUUCAAAAUCAUUUAAGAAAAGAUUUAAAUGUGAUUCGUUCUAUAAAGAAUGCAGAUGUAAUUUAAAUCUGUUCUGUUCCAGUGGGAUUUCUGAUAAAUUUUACGUGAUCGGAGAAGAUUAAGGGCAUAACUUCUGUUACGAAAAGGAGUCAUUAUAUACAAAUGUAUCUUGGUUCAAUCCGUGUCAGCAUCUGCGGACCUUUAAAAUGAAGUAAAGGAUUAGAUGUGUUUCCUGGGAUCAACUUGUGCCUGGAUAUUGCUUACGGCUCUGAAAAAUACUGACUUUAUUCAAUGAUUUUACAACAGAAAUGUAGAAGUAGUUCCUGGGAUUUUCAAUUGUUGUGUAAAUCUUGAAACAAUUGGUUCAUGCCCUACCUGGCAUCCUAUCAACAUUGUUUUUUUACCUUUGUAUUGUGUUGAUUUCUAUGUAGACAACCCACAGGUGAGACAAAAGCUCUCUGAAGCUGGAUUCUACAACACUUCACAAAUACAAAGCUGGCCAUCAUUUGACAGAUUUCUGUGAGAGAGAACUUUAAAAAAGAGAGUUAAAUGACCAAGAAUGAAGAGUCGAAGGACAAAUCCGUCGGACCACACCGAGACACAGGAUCAGGUUUCAGACAUGGCAGCUAACAGUAACAAAGGUCAGAAAGUAACCAUGGUUUCCAUGGAACCUGAGGAACCAGAAACUUUUACCUUUCUUACGGAGGCCAGAGAUGAAGGCGUGGACGAGGGGGAUGGAAGUGAGGUAAAGGGAGAUAACUUCUCUACAGUGUCUGAUGGACGUUCUAAACAUGAGCAAGUAAACGAAGAGGAGUUAGGAGAAACUGGUGAUAAUAAGAAUGACCUCAAUAAUGGGGAGGAAGAGGAGAAUAAAGACCAGUCUGGAGGUGUUCAGGAUAAGGAGCCACAUGUGGCGCCAACAGGAAGUGAAUCUGAAAAUGUGGUACCAACAAAACAUGAUAAUGAAAAUGUGGCAUCCACUGGAAGUGCAUCCCAUCAUGUGACACCAAAAGGAAAUAAAUCUAAGCAUGUGGCACCAAAAGGAAAUAAAAAUGUGGAACCGAGAAAAAAAAUUGUCAAUAAAUCAAAGACACAGCGCAAUCAACAAAUGCAACAUUCACAAAAAGGUCCAGGCCAUCAAACAAUAGAAGAUGAAGAUUUAGGGAUAUAUGACGAUGUUACGGAGGGGGUAGACCUCUUUGAUAAUGAGGACUACAUGGAAAUGAUGGGUAAUCGAAAUACACACCCGUCCAGUACGGACACUAAGACUCCCGAUCUCUACACUGAGGUUCGUCCAGCCCCGCCCCCGACAUCCAUCCUACGUAACCCCGGCUCUGUCACACAGGAAAUUCCUGAUUAUGAUGCUAUGGAUGAUUUACAAAACAGUCAUGUGACCUGGAAUGCUAUCGAGCCUCAUUUCAGUGUGUCGAUUGCAAACAUGCAGCGGCACUAUUCUGGGAGGAAAGCGAACACUCCAGCAAGCUGUUAUUCUACGGAAUCAAGAAAUGCGUCCCGAGUGACUUCUGAGUCACGCGAGGCAAUGUUUAAGAGAGCCAUGACGUUAUUAUCAGCACGUUGUACAAGUACAGGGCCCGGCGCUGGGGAGAUGCCGUUCGGGAAAGGCGAAGCGUUAGGCAUGAACGUCCCUCAAUACUUCUACGUUUCACAGGAGAAGCCACGACCAAUGCCACCUCUCAAGGCUUGGAAUGGCUACAAUGGAAAUGUUUACUUUGAGCCAAUACAGAUCAACACAUUGACAGACGCUCAAAACAUGGGAACCAUGUCGGUGAUGUCAUCCCGAACCAACGACAAGCUUCAUAGAAUGCUGAUCAACAGAAAGCAGAUGAGUUCUGGAAAGUUUGAUCGGAUCGACAGUGCAACCACGCGGAGUGUUUCACGGCAGACAGGAAAGUCAAUGAGCGUUCGUAGUUCCACACGGCAGUCACUUAUCCUAGACAAGAAAAUAGUGAUGAAUGGUUAUAAUGAAAAUAUUCAGGACGAUUUAGCCCUGAUCGAGGGUGUUGAGUGUACUGGUAGCCUGGCCGUUCGACCGAAGAGUGAUAAGACAAUGGACAAAGACACUCGUAGAGCUCUCAUGUACAAUAAGGAGAGACUCUGUAAGGGGUCGGUUGUACACCGCAUUAACGAAAAUCGUAAUAGGUCACGAAUGAUACUCAAAGUUAACGGUGGUAAAUUUGUCAGUCCUCAGACAAUGGCGCCGUUACUACGCACUCAGACACAGUACUCCCUCAGCAACCAGAGGUUGACAACAAACAGUCCCGAUCCUUACCAUCAGCAGUUACCUCCACUGGAACAACUGCGUGCUUCUGUACGACACAUGGACACUGCAGACAAGCAGAAAGCUCAGUCGUCAUACAGAUAUUCUAAACCAGUGACAAUGACAGAGGAGAUUAAACCCUACAUAAAAUAUAGUCCGGACAUUAAAAAGUCUCGUCAGCAGCCGAGUUACGUGUGAGGGUUCAAGGUUAAACAAAAUGAAUGGAUUACGGAGUAUUUUACAUGUAUAGAACUAAGGAUAUGUCGAUGUUGUCCUUAGGAUCGUAAGGUGUCUAUAUAUGCAUACAAUUAAUAAUCUUACACAGUGAUCUAUUGGUAUGACAAAGGGAGAUAACUCAUUAUCAAGGAAAUUAUUGGCUAAGGGGAGACAACUCCUUUUCAAGGAAAAUAUUGGGUGUUUAUGUGGCACCGGAAUGCCAGCAAGUGGGGCUCAAUAUCAGUUCAGAAUUUCAUCUACUGUUGAAUUAAUACUGUGUGAUGAGUAAAUUCUUAUGUUUUUGGAGAUAUGUGACCACAGGAGCCGUGAUAUUUAAUUUUCAUGCACUUGUGUAAGAUUGAGCAUGUGACUUAAAACGUACUUAUUGUGUCUAUUGAGGAUUAUUCCUGUGACCCCAAGGAUUUAUAUAAUACAUAUAUCACUAUAUGUCUGAGGAUUUAGAUCAACAGGAUGUGAACUUAGUGCUUGAAAUGUGACCAUGUAAUAUUAUAAAACUGGUCAUACUUUUGGAUAUAGAGAAAUGUUUUACAUUAUUCAGUGAAAGUCGUUGGAAAAAUGAUUUUGUCAUCUCACCAACAUGUGAAAUGUGACAUACAAAGAUUUAUCAGUAAAGUCAGACAUAUAUAUACAUUAUAGAAGUUGGAAGGCAGCCAAAGUUCUGAGAGGCCAUUAUGGUGAUAGUAAGAGUUCUAACAUUUUAUAUCGAUAAAUCGUCUUAUGUGCCAACAAUUAUAUAUUCAACUGUCUCUAGGAUCAGAUGUGUGGCCCAUAGCGUAAAAAUAAUUUCAUUUAUUAAUAGUCUAUAUAUUAUAUAUAUAUAUUUGCAUGCGAAUGUGUAUCUGUUCACAAUUAAUAAGAUAAAGUAAUUGGUAUGUAGAUUUACCAUGUAGCUAUAUAAGACUUUGGAUCAUAAUGCAGUAAGUCAUUGAUAAUCCACUUGGAAAUCAUUGUGUAAGUAGAUAAGUGAAUUAUUUUCAUUGUUGCGAGACUAAAGAUCUUAAUCAAACAGUACAACAGUUAAUCAAUUUGAAGGACUUAAAUUAGUAUCCAGUUAACUCAUUGGGUAAAUUAUGAAAAAAGCGGAUGAUAAUUUUCAUGUUAGUAUUUGGACUCAUUUAACAGCCCAAGGAUUAGGUUGGUUAUUUUACUAAAUCAACACCAGUUAUAAGGGGAGGUAAUUAUCUUAUCUCCAUGUUUCGUGCUUCAACACAUUUUGUGUUAUUGCUUUGUAUUGAGUCAAUACUGACUAAACGCCUAGUUCAUAUACAGCCAACAGGUACUUUGAUGAAGUUAAAGUAAAUCUUUUUAUUUUUACAAUUGUUGGUACCCAGAUAAUCAAUUUCUUGGCGUACAUACAUAAUCGGAAAAUUGAGAUAACUAGGUGCCUACAAAUAGCUAUAACAUCUACGAAACAAUUAAAUAUUUAUGAGGAAAAAAUCCAGAUAUUUUUAGAUUUUUAUUUUAAAUAUUCAGAUAUGAUGACAGAUAGGUCUUACUUCCAAUUUUCGCCACUUUUGUUAUAUUUAGUACAAUUUUAAGCCCCAGGAGUUGUCUCCCUUCAUAGGUUUAAAGACUCUUCAGAGUUGUAUUCCUUCAAGAGUUCUAUGCAUUUUAGCAUAGAGUGGCUAUGUGAUGGUACUCAAAAUUUUGAUUUAAUUAAUUUGUUUUAUCAACUGUGAUACAUCCCAUGAUUCAACUUCCCUCUUUAUUUUAUGCAAUUUUUUUAACAAAUUAGAAAAUUAUUUCUCAUACAUAUAGACAGUAGGGGAAGUAAGACCUGUACACGCCUGUCAUGUCAUAUCAAUAACAUCAACUCAGAAAUUAGUCCAAAUUUUCUGACGAUCUUACUACGUAGAUACAAGGCAGCUUGAAAGGCGAUAUUAACAUCAGAACCCUUCGGAUUACUCAGAAAUCUGUAGAAUUGUUAAUUAUGGCGUAAUGUCUUUAUAAUUAAUUACCAUUUAAUUGAUUCAUAAAGAUCUUUUUUAUUUUUUUUUUUUUUUUUUUUUCAAAAAUGUCAA